CGCGUUUUGUUUUGAUCAGCUUUAAAUAAUUGUUUUUGUUAAAAUAUUUAAGGAGCACAUGCGCAAUUCCUAUACUUAUUUGUAUCUAUAUGAUAUUUUUAAGUGGUGAAAACACGAAGGAAAACCUUGUGCAAAAUGUUUUAAUGGGUGCAUGCAGGUCGUCGUUUUGACGUCGUUGUUGUUACUUUGCCGCGGCCGCCUUGUUUAGUGCCUGUGUGUGUUGUCUUUGGCUAUUUGUUAUUCGUGCAGAAUCCAGCAUGUCACAGGAACUGACCAUCAUAUUGAAGGGAAAAGAUAAAUGUAAAUUUCGUCACAUUAAGCGAACAUAUCCUGUCUCCAACUAUUUCCUAAAUCGCAAUUUCUGGAAUAUUAAGCGAUUUCUGAUUUACGCUCUAAAUCCGCAUUGCGUAAUCCGUCGUUAUGCAUGGCGGAAACGCAACAAUCGUGUUGUGAUCAUACAGCGCGUCCGCCUUUUGCUUUUUGAUCCGCGUUUAAAGCGCAUGAUUAAAAAGCGAAAACAGAACGUUAAGUGUUGGUCUCAGCGGGUUGUAAAAUACUAUAAAGCCAUGGGGCAAAUAAAAGAGUAUGAAGAAACGGAGAUUUAUGAUGUUGUACAACCAGAAUAUUGUCCGUUGGGCACGGGGGAUCUUUCAAAGCAAAUGAAAGAGCAGCUGGAGUUGCUCAAGAGCAGCAAACGUGGACUGUUGUUGAUUGAAGAUGCCAAUAAAAAUGUGCAACUUAAAGAGGAUUCGGCUGAGGAGGAACCAAAAAAGGAAGAAGCUGGACCGAAGAUUGUAAUUCCAGAAGUGGAAGUCCAGCAGCUUGAGGAUGAAGCAAUUGAACCAAUGGAAACCGAGUCCGAAUUAGCCGUCGCCUGCACGGACGCUGCCAUGGAAAUUGCUAACGACUGUCCUUUUGAGCCAAGUCCAAGCAAGGACUCUAAUCAAACCAAUACGUCCACACCUGAUAAAGGAGCCGGCGGCAGCAAGUUUCUUGACAUGCUCAUUAGUAAAGUGCGUGUUAAGAACUUUGCGAAAGAAUCAAAUUUUUUGUCCGUGCCCAACAUUGAAACACCAUCAGCGUUGGAAUCACCUGUGCCGAUUACCACCGAAGACUCUGGCGAUGAUUUCCUUGGCUUCGACGAAAGCAGUCAUCAACCGGGAAUGCUGCUGACGCCACUGGUACCACAAAACUGCAAAACCCGUGCUGGCAACGCGGCUUUCGUCAGCGACUCGCUGGAGGAAUACAUGCGCAAGAACAACAUCAGUAAAACUCCCGCAACGCCCCUUAGGUUUAAGGCUGACAAAGACUGGCUACUGGAGCCAAAGGCGCGUGAUGGCCUUGUAACACAGGGCAGCACACCACCCCACAUGGAUAUGCCUGCGGUGCCGGAGAGCUUACAAAAAUUGCGCACAGUCGCUGAGCGUCGUCAGUAUUUGCAGCGCUUCUCCAAAAACCACAAGAUGGCGAUCAUCAAUAAUGAAGCUAACAUCUAUCGCGAGCUACAGCGCAAGCAACGCAAUCUGAAGGUCAAAUCCGCUUCGAUGCUCAUGUUGCAGGGGCCUCACACACAGAUGCCCUUCACAAGAGCAGGUUGGCAAGCUGCCAGUUAUGUGGGCACUGAACACAAUAGAUAUUACUAUCAAGUUAUUAACGUGGACGGCGAGGAUAUCAAGCUACCCGGUGCGCUGGGCAACAAUGCCAGGCGGGAAAAACGUCCAUAUCGCAGCAAACUGACGAAUGAGGAGGCAUCUACGCUACGCUGUGGAUCACUAUGCUUGGAUGCGGCCAUAUGGCGCGAUCUUAAAAUAAUCAAAACCAAAGAGCGUAAAGCUAAACUCAAUCAGUAUCCAUUACCGGCUAUCUUCCGCCCCUGUCCGCUCUCACAGAAGCCUUUUCAAAAACCGCUAGAUGACGAUACGGCCGCAUUACUGCUCGCCGGCGGCAGCAUGGCUGUUGUUAGCAUGCCCACGGUGGAGCUGGAGGUGAAGCCACAGCUGGGUCGGCAACUAGACGAGAUUGCGAAACGGUAUUUGCAGUACAUUUUGCCACACCAUGACAUCACGCGUGAGUGGGCCGAGUUCAGCGUAUCUACACUGCAGCAGUCCUCAACCGUGCGGGACGCAGAGGCGCACGCAGCCAAGACACCGGAUGGUCGCCGCAAGAGUUUUACGUUUGUCAUACCGUACCUGAACGAUCGCAAUCACAUUCUGGUACGGCGCGUUGUCGAUCGUUCCGAGCAGCUGGAUGCAUCCUUUACCGAGUCAGAGGAAAAAUUGCUGCAGUUUGAUUUUAGACGAGCAAUGUCUUCAGAACCAACAUCGGAUGAGUUGGCCUGUGCAGAAAUGAUCAGCGACAUGAUCAACACAGUUGCCAUAAGCUGUAGUGAGAAUUCGUUUAUCACAGAAGAUCCAGACGGUCUGGACGUGCUGCCUGCCGGUAUGGAAACAUCUUUGAAGGAUGAAGAUGACGCCAAGACCUUUGCUAAGCCCAAGAUGUGCAAGACGACUGGCCGUCCGCCAUAUAGUAAGCAACACCGUUUGCGUCUGGAGCUUAGGCGCCUUAAUGCAACCAUCAUUGAUACAGCUUCCAAAUCUAACAGCACAAAAAAGCCCUGCUGCAAGGAUUACUGCCAGCUCGGCUGCGUGUGCGAGAGUCUGGUUGGGGAGCUGCCAUUGCGUGAGCAUUGCGGGAGAGCUGACUGUGUCUUGGAGUGCAGCUGCAAAGGGGCCGAGCUGACGCGGGUCAUGCGUGUGGAAACUGAUGGCCGUGGCAUCUCCAAUGAAGACGCCUUUAAUUUGCGUCGGAAAGCAACAGCGCGGCUCGCUAAAAUGGAGAAGGAAUUUACGUCAACUCUGGUACUGACCGAGAACGAAACGCUGCUAAUAAACGAAUCACAAUGCGAUAAAAAACGACGAUGCACAAAAGCUCCCAAACGCUACGAGGACUUUGCUGAAACGGAAGAUGAUUCGCACGUACGUAUCACACCACCGAAACGUGAUAAUAAGAGCGAGACCGUGAAACGUAGUGUGGUCAACAUAGAGUCAACCAGCGCCUCCCAACCACAUUCGCAAUCUACAUCGUAUGCGCACGUAUCCGCGUUGACUGAGCCCUGCAAGGUAAAGGAUACGGACAUGGAAAAUAUGAAGCAUUGCUUUGUGUCAUUGCGUCGACUUUCGGAUGUCUCCAAUUUAGCCACGUUCUGCAUGACGCAUGAGCUGUAUAAAUGCUUUUGUGGCGCCGAAUCUGUGGAAGGCAAGCCCAUGGUGAUUGAAAAGGAGCCGGAAAACACAACCAUUGCGCACUUUGCUCCAGAAAUAGCUACGCGCGCCCAUUAUUCAUUUGAGCGUAUGGCAGAGGAGCAGCCUUCCACAUCAUCUAAAACAAAAUCGCGCAAGGAGCACAAGGAAGGCAGACAAACUACAGCUGCACCGGCUGCCGCUCCAGCAAAGGAGGCGGCCAAGGUGCAACUCUGGCCUCAGCCCGAUGUCAACAGAAUGCCAACCAGACGUCAACCAGAGCUGGAAAUACUCAGUAAUUACUUCAAGGCGCGGCCGGAUCUUUCUCGUCGCACCGUGGUGGUACCUCGCAAUUGCUAUAUGCGCCUUAAUCGCGAGGCGGCCCCAAUAGUGCUUCAGCAGAUUGCACGCCAGGAAAAUGCCAACACGGAGCAUCUGCUCAAUCAGCGCGUUAAUGGUGCAGUACGCUUUUACCGCGCUGAGCUGGACCAGCAGCGACGAUUGGAGAUGCAGUAUGAGGUACACAAACAACGCGAGUUGGAGCUGCCUUCUCCUAUCAUUGAGGUGCGCGAUGACUCCGAUGACGGACGAGAACAAAAGCAACCGAACACCGCAAGCAGCAGUAGUAGUAGCAGAAAGCGCAGCUCUACCGGUAGCAGCAAGGAAAAAGUUCGACGCCGUAGUCAUGAAGUUGGAAAUGCCAAGCGCAUUAAAUUGAUAAAUGAGCCGUUGUCAAAGGAUGAUGCAGAUUUUGAUGCAUUGCCGGAGAUGUCAUCACAAAAUUCUGCUUCAGCCGCCUCUGAAUUGGUUGACAUACAGGUGCCACGCAUCUCAGCCUGCUACUCACUCAACAGUGCCUCCUCCGCCGCCGCCUCAAGUAACAGCAGUAACAUUGAACUGAUAGGCUCGGACAUGCAGUUACCGGUGGAUAUGGUCAGCAAUGAUGGCAGCGCCUCUGGCAGUUCAAUUAUGGGGCAGGACUCAAACUUCCGUUCUUUCUACGAGGUAGUUAAAAACAUGAAUGCGUUGGUCAGUAAAAAAAUGCAGGACAUUGAUAUGGCCCUGCAACGUGAGUCCAAAAUUAUACCGACACCCAAUGAGGAGAUAUUAUGCAUUAUUAAGUGGACAAAUUUCCUGGCUGCCUUUGAAUCUGACUUGGUAUUCAUUUGGGAUGUGAAAAUGAAGAACUAUAACUUUUUGGCUGCAACCACUACCAACAUGAUGCCCUCGGUGUGUGGAGCACUGGGAGUGGUCAAUAUAUUCGCGCUGGAACAGCGCCAACUGCCACUGAUGGCACGCAUGCUAAUACAGCGCAAGCGCAAUGAGAACACACGCCGUUUGGCGGUUGUGAUGCAGGGUAGGCAGCAAUACUGGUUGGUCAAAGGCUUCUUGCGGCACAUGGCCGGAAAUGCAUGCACCAAACCUACACCACAAACACAUCCAUUGCUAACAAAAAAAAUUAAUGUUUUGUGCACAUUGAUGGUGAAACAGCGCAUGCGAGAGCAUCAGCGCAAGCAGCUGGCGACUAGUGGAAGCGAGAGUCAUGAUAUGCCUUCGGAGGCUCCUACCAGUAUACUCAGUCCACCACCUGCUCCUGCGACAGCAGUGCCUUCAGUUCCACUGCCAUCCCAAUCAGCUGCCAGUCAGCAAGUUCCACAAACAAGUCCAUCACCCACAGCUCGCCCAACCGUCGUUCUGCCCAGCCAGUUGCCAUCAACUUCGGCCUCAUCUACUACCGCAACUCUUUCGACAUCCGCCCCCACGUCCGUCUCUGGUAUUUCAAAGGAUAAGGAUGUUGCCUCCAAUAUAAGGACUAACAUCGAGUUUCGCAAAGUUUUGCCUGCAGAUGUGGAUGAAUUGCAACUACCCGAAUUGCUUUCUAGGGAUCAUCGCUGGGUAGUGCUUGAUCUUUUCGAUGAUUUCUCGCACAUUUUCGUGCCCGCCUUUAAGGACAUGAUAUCUCUGGAUCGCAUACACAACGUGAUACGAGUGGCAGCAGAGAAGGUCAAGGUGGUCAAGUUGCAGUUCUUCCAAAGUGCCCCAUACGAUGCUUUUGUGACGCCCACGUCGCAACGCAAGAUCUACUUCGGACCUCUGCGGACAGACAUGCCGCCACCAGUGUUGGUACUGCUCCAGAGUGUCGAUGGCAAGAUGAUGCUAAGAGAGGUUUAUCAGAGACUGCACGGCAUUCCGGUACAGCCAAACCGACGGACCAUGGCCUUUUGGGUUCUGUACAUCAAAGGACAGGUGCACUUUGAAAUUGACAUGGAGAGUGCGCCACAAUGGGAGUAUCAGAAACAGACGCAGCCUGAAGCAGAUAAUUUUGCAAAUAAGCAAGUUUCGCAUUGUGAUGACACUGAAGAUGACGAUGAUUGUGUGAUUAUUGAUGACGAUGAUGAUGAGAAAGAGGAGACGAAAGAGGAGCUGACAGAUAAAAAUGAGGGGCAUCCCAAUGCUGCUGCAAAGCCAACAGAACAACUUGUCCAACAAAUUGUAGACCCGACAGUCCUUAGGCCGCAACGCAUCAGCUUCACUAUACAAACCAAUAAUAGCAAUGGAAACCUACAGAUUACGCCCCAGGCAUUAGAUAGCAACGCGCAAAGCAUAACAGCUGCUGGAACUAUGGCGUUACAAUCCAAGGAUUUAUCUGGCGGUUUUAUGCCCUUUAUUUCGUCUGUUCCUGCUAAGAUAACAACAAACCCUGUGGCUCCUAUCGCUCAGACGUCUGUGCCACAAUUUAUAACGCCGCACGUGCAACUUACACAAACGGCAUCACCGCCGGCAACGACGACAAUAGGAGCAUUACCCUUGGGAACCGCUCAACCGCCACCACCUAAAAUAAGUCGUAUUUCUGUGCAUACCGCACAUAAAAUUAAUACAUCGUUGCAGCAAUUGCUCGGACCAAAAAACAUUACACCCUCUGUAAAAUUAGGUGGUGCUAAUACCGGUAUUACCAUUACUAAGAUUUCCCAUCGCAAUACUAACCCCAAGGAAGGAUUAGCUAACUUAGCCACAGAGAGCUCUUUAAACUCAGUAGGUCAAGCUGGAGCUGUUAUUGGACCCGCCGCAACUGCAACUAAGCGAACUGCUACCGGUAUUCCCAAGCCUUCAUCAUCACCAGUCAUGAAUUCCAGUACUAGCGAACCACUCACAAUAAAGACAAUUGCCAUUACCGCGGCUCCCAACCGAAGCGCCAGCGCCGUUUCAAAACUAUCAAAUCCUUUAACAAAAGCGACGAUCUUAAGUGGACCCACAAUCGCUAAGGAAGUAUCAACCACUAUUAACAGAAGCACUGUGGCUGCACCUAAGGUGGACCGUAAAUCAUUACCAGCCAAUCUGCGAGCUUUAAAUACCACGCCGAAUGAGCAGCCGCGACGCAGUGAGCCAAAAAAGUCGCAAACUGAAAACAAUUCUGCUGCCGUCAGCAGUACUGUCAGUGGAAAUACCAUUAAAUCGUCACCAGCCCCUCGAAGAUCGGCACCGGCUAGAAAAAUUUUGCCAAAAAUUUCUUCUAAGAGUGGAGCAAACUCCGACCAACCCUUGCCACCACGUUAUACACCUGCCCUAUCUAAGCCAGAAAGGCCUACCUAUGGGUUUCUGGUGGCUGAGGGACUACCACGCUUUCGUGUUAAGCUGGCCGGCACGGAGCUUAUGUUGAAAUUGCCCAAUAUGGGCGUGUUAACUCUGAAAGACAUCGGGGCGGCUAGUAAUUUUCUCAAUAGUCGACUAGUUAAAGAGGAAAAAUACAAAUCCCAUUUACCCGCUAAAUGGAAAUUCGAAUUAAGUUCAGCCACACAAAAGCCAAAACCUGCCAUGCCAGGAAAUAGCAGCGUCGGAUCCAUAAAGUUGAGCUCAGUCAGUGAGCCAAAUAAAUCUUGCGCUGAGACUGCCAUAUUAAUCGAGGAUUAAAUUUGAACACACAACACAAUCAUAAGCUUUCCUUUUUAUAAGACAGGUUUUUUUUUUGGUUUAUUUAAAAAGUUAAGCACAAGGAAAAAAUCUAUGCAUAUUAAAUAUGUUAAAAAUGUAAGUUCUAAGUAUUCUAAUAACACUCCAUACA